GAUGCUGUCUACUUUCCCCGGCGGUCGGCUAUACAUAGGCUACCCGCUACACGUCACUUCGCCCCACGCAUCGGUCCCAGCGCUGCUGUCAGCCAUGUAGCGGGCUAUGAAGACGGCGUGGAACCUGCUGCUCUCGCUGCUGAUCGCCUGCUGUUCGAGCUCUCUCCUCACAGUAGCAGAUGGCGGUCUGCAAGAUGCCAACAACAAAAACAUCGACCAGAACAUCACAUGGAUCACGCCUGCGCACAACUAUUAUCCUCCACAUCACCAGCAACCAAUUCUCCUACGUCACCAAUACAGUCACAUUCGGCACCACUACGUGCACCACUGGGGACCAUUCUUCGAGGAGGUUGGCAUCAAUGCGAGCGACGGGGGCCAACUGGCCCUUCAAGUACCUCUGGGAGGAUCAGUUCGCCUCAACUGCCGUGUCGGUAUGCUGCAUGAUAAGACGGUGAUGUGGCUACGAAGGUAUGUGGACCGAGUGGUUCUGCUAACAGUCGGUGCAGUUCCUUACAGCAGUGACCCUCGCCUGAAAAUAACGUUCCAGUACCCAAACAACUGGCAGCUUCAAAUCAGCCCAGUGCAACGCGAAGAUGAGGGCCAGUACAUGUGUCAAGUGUCUACACAUCCUCCCAGGGUCCUCGCAAUCAACGUCACAGUGUUAGCACCGGAGCUAAAAGUUGUUGAUGAACAUGGUCACUCAGUGCACGACCGAUACUACAAGACUGGCAGCACUAUCGAACUUACAUGUCGUGUUAUAACGUCCGCUGAGCAGACAGCUUCUUCUCAAGUGACCUGGACUAAAGACGGCAGCAAGCUUCCAGAUAAGGUCACCACAUCGCCCGUCAGUGAGACGAAAGGUGGAACAACGGUAAGCCGUCUUGUGAUUCCCAGAGCUGCAAAGAGUGACAGCGGUACAUACAGUUGUUCGCUAUCCAAGCAUUCUUCCGUUCGGGCACACGUCCAUGUACUGAAUGGUGAGAAACAAGCUGCGGUCCAGCAUGACACCUGGGGGAGCACGGGGUGUCCAAGGGCUACGAGUCAAUUUGUCCUCGUCCUCGUCUUUGCGGCGAGCUUCGCGAUUAAACACCAUUAGCACGUCACAAGGCAAAUCUUCAUGCACAGUCAAGAUUUAUAAUCAUACGUGGAGUAUGCCUCAAGAACAAGAUGUCCGCUUUAUUUGCGCAGACGCGUUAUUUUAUGUGCAGUCGUGAGGAAAAGAAGACACUCGUAAUGAUUGUGGUGAAAUGAACAACUCUCUAGUUUUAUACAAGCACUAAGACUUACUUUAAAAAUACGUGUAACAAACAAACGAGGUACCUGGAUAUCUUAUGGUACCGAAAUUGUGGUAAGUUAUAAAUACCAUACUGACCCGUGCAAUGCCACGAAAGAAACAAGGAGUAAUUCUUUUACAAAGCAAAUGUGGAAACUUGAAGCAAUCCAUAAAACGUUCUACGGUUCAGUUACAUAUACCGAGUAAAUGCAAUAUAAAUAGGCCUGCAAAUUGAGAGUAUUACAAUAUUCUAUUUAUGUAAAAUAUUAUUUAUAAUUUGAUGACCAUGACAGCAGAGGAGUAACAUCAUCAAAAGUGGAAUUUGCCCUCAAGAAUAAUGUCAUAAUGUAUUUAAAUCAUAUACACUUUGUGAGUACCACAAAUCUGAAUUGUUCAACUUAAUAUUUAUGUAAAAAUCAUAAAAUAUUUUAGGUUGUAAUGAUAGAGAAUAUUAAUUUCAAUGAAGAGAAAUGUUAAUGUCUAAGUCGGGUUUUAUACUUAUAUUACCCAUAUUAAUAAUAUUAAUAUUAAGUGAUAAUCAAUUAUAAACGUAAAAUUUCCAUGUUUAUAUACAUAUACAGACACACAGGUGACUCAAAAGUGAAUAAUGCAACGGUAUGUGAAGGAAAGACUUUAAAAUUCAAAAUAAAAUAAAUCAAAUGGUGCUAAUUACAUUUCCGUUACGCAAAGUUUUUCAAUAAUUUCUUUUUCAAACUUCUUUCAUUAAUUAGAAUAAAUUAAUGUCUGUGCAGAAACUGGGUAGAAGACUAUAACACGAAAAUCCCUAUCCAAUUCUGGUGCAAACAGAAAUAUGUAUUAUAUUACAAAGGCUAGUCAAUAUUACGUCACUUACUUACAUACUAAUAAUUCUCACUUUAAAAAUAGAGAUAGGAGGAACACUACUAGGUUCAUGGAAUAGAGUCCUCCCUGUGAAGCUAAUAAUCACUUAAUUGGUCAAGAAAUCUUCAUUUUUUAUGGAACCCGAUUAUUCAUAAGAGCCAGCAAAUAACCUCUAUCUUCAGCCUGAUGAAUUCAACCUACACCCUCGCACAAAGCGUUUAUACAAAGUUUUGUUAUGGUCCAAAAUUACCAACUACUUAAAGAUGGUAUACAAAAAUAUCGAUUUGGGAUUACUAAAAGAUAUAUGCGGUCUUUAUAGUGUCUACUUUAAUAUAGUUCGUGAUAACGUUUAUAUAUUUUGUAGCAGCAUGUGAAAUUAAAUUACAAUCUUUCAUUUCGUUCAUAUUAUAAAUUUUGAAAAGGUGAAUUAUUCUUCUUGGUAUUUAUGAGGAAAAACAGAAAACUUAUAAUGUAGUUCUAAUAAGAUGUGGCAGAUAUAUGUAUGCCGAAUAUUAUUUUAAAUUAAGAUAUAUGUCAAAUUAGUUUCGUUAUUAUUCUCAGUUAUUCAAAUUAGUCGUAUAUAUUGCAUAAAUUUGAGAUGAAACAUCUGUAUAUGUUUGCCUCUCUGACUUUCUGACUCCCAGUCUAAAUUUUCCACUUCCGAAACCACUUAAUGUAUUUGAAACAUUUCAUAGCGUCUCCACCUAUCAUGCGAUUUAAAAAGUCAAAUUCAUAAACUCUGAGCACACUGAGGGACAAAUGGAAGGAAGAAAUUUCUGCUAUUGAUGAAAAUGUAAGACGAAUGUGAGAGGCAGAAGGCAUAUAUGUUUAUGUUUCAGGUAACAAAUUCUUUCGUUUACACUAAUACGUAAUAAAAAGGGGAACACUUAUCUCCAAGAACAAACACAUUAUUGGUCUAUAGUUCUGACAGUUAUUUGUGUUAAAACUAUAAAGUGUGUUCACAUUUGGGGAACUCGUUAAGUUCUGUACUUUCACCUGUAGAUAGCUUUUAAAAACAAAAAGGCUCAAAUUAAAUAUAAAACGUCUUAAAAUCUGA